AUGAAGAAAUCAAAGGAGCUGAAGCAAGAAGCAGAACAUGUAACGCAAGUGGCUUGGUUUUACAAAAUUGUGUCACGAAUCCGUGAGAGUUUCCUGGGAAAUGUUACUGAAAGUUGUGGAAUGACGUCAUCAACCAUAUUUGAAGAAGUUUUGGGGAUGGAGCCAUUUAAUGAUAACAUAACAAUGGAAAAUCUUUUGGAAAAGAAACCACAAUGGAAUGUCGUGAUGCUGUGUUUGACUUCAUGA